CGUUUCGCUGAGUGGUAUUGGGUAACAUUUCGAUCCACCAAUCACGGAAGAGUUCAUUGAAAGGAGACCUGCUACUGUGCCGUCUUUGUGUUGACAUCUUCGGAGGAUUGAGAGUGUUUGAAUGGAUAUUACCAGGUGCACGGAGAAAUGGGAGAGGCCUCCAACAUCCUCCAUAAUGCUGUCUAGCAAGAAGUCAGACGCUGGCUCCUCUUCCUCCUCCUCUUCAUCUACUGCGGGAGCAGCGGGAGGUGAUAGGGUUCCGGUUUCCGAUGCCCAGACUGGUCCAUCAGCCUCAGCUGCAGGUGCUAUGGAUGCAAAGAAGAAGGAGAGGUCAUCCCCUAGUGGGGAACCUGGAGGAGCCCCUUUGACCCACCAAGCAGGCUCGGGGGCGGCAGACCAAGAUUCAGCUGAAGUUCGCAGGACGAGUCGUCGCAAGCGAGCAAAACAGGUGGAGUACCGCGAGAUGGACGAGAGCCUGGCCAAUCUGUCGGAGGACGAAUAUUACUCUGAGGAGGAGAGGAAUGCCAAGGCAGAGAAAGAGAGGAAGCAGGUCAUCCCUCCUCCGGCUCCACCAGUAGAGGAAGAGAAUGACAGUGAACCAGAAGAACCAUCUGGUGUGGAAGGAGCUGCUUUCCAGAGCCGUCUUCCUCAUGACCGUAUGACAUCCCAGGAGGCUGCUUGCUUCCCUGACAUAAUCAGCGGUCCCCAGCAGACUCAGAAGGUCUUCCUCUACAUCCGCAACCGUACGCUCCAACUGUGGCUGGACAACCCUAAGAUCCAGCUGACCUUUGAGGCCACAGCACAGCAGCUUGAAGCUCCAUACAACAGUGAUGCUGUGCUGGUCCACAGGAUACACAGCUACCUAGAAAGGCAUGGACUCAUUAACUUUGGCAUUUACAAGAGGGUCAAGCCUUUGCCCACAAAGAAGACCGGCAAGGUUAUAGUCAUUGGUGGAGGUGUGUCUGGCCUAGCUGCAGCCAGGCAGCUGCAGAGCUUCGGGAUGGAUGUUACAGUAUUGGAGGCCAGGGACCGUGUUGGAGGCAGAGUGGCCACAUUUAGGAAGGGCAACUAUGUUGCUGAUCUGGGAGCCAUGGUGGUGACAGGGCUGGGGGGGAAUCCCAUGGCAGUGAUCAGUAAGCAGGUUAACAUGGAGCUGGCCAAGAUCAAACAGAAGUGUCCACUGUAUGAAGCCAAUGGCCAGGCUGGUGAACGGUGCACAAGUGUGCCAAAAGAAAAAGAUGAGAUGGUGGAGCAAGAGUUCAACAGAUUGCUGGAGGCCACCUCCUACCUCAGCCACCAGCUGGACUUUAACUUCCUCAACAACAAACCUGUUUCUCUGGGACAGGCCCUGGAGGUGGUCAUACAGCUGCAGGAGAAGCAUGUAAAAGAUGAGCAGAUAGAACACUGGAAGAAGAUUGUAAAGACUCAGGAAGAUCUCAGGGAUCUUCUCAACAAGAUGGUGACCACUAAGGAACGAGUUAAGGAGCUCCAUCAGCAGUAUAAAGAGGCCAGUGAAGUCAAACCACCCAGAGAUAUCACAGCUGAGUUCCUGGUGAAGAGCAAGCACCGUGACCUCACCGCGCUCUGCAAAGACUAUGAUGAGUUGGUGGAGAUGCAGGUCAAGCUGGAGGAGAAGCUGCAGGAGCUGGAGGCCAAUCCACCCAGUGAUGUUUACCUGUCAUCUAGGGAUCGGCAGAUCCUAGACUGGCACUUUGCCAACUUGGAGUUUGCCAACGCUACGCCCCUCUCCACCCUUUCUCUCAAGCAUUGGGAUCAGGACGAUGACUUUGAGUUCACUGGCAGCCACCUGACAGUAAGGAAUGGUUACUCUUGUGUUCCCGUGGCCCUGGCUGAAGGCUUGGACAUCAAACUAAACACAGCAGUGCGGCAGGUUCGAUAUACAGCCUCUGGCUGUGAGGUGAUAGCAGUCAACACUCGCUCCACGACCCAGACCUUCAUAUACAAGUGUGAUGCUGUGCUGUGCACCCUGCCUCUCGGUGUGUUAAAGCAGCAGCCUCCUGCUGUGCAGUUUGUCCCCCCGCUGCCUGAGUGGAAGACAUCUGCUAUACAGAGGAUGGGCUUUGGCAACCUCAACAAGGUGGUGUUGUGUUUUGACCGUGUGUUCUGGGAUCCCAGUGUCAACUUGUUUGGUCAUGUUGGCUCCACGACAGCAAGUCGGGGCGAACUCUUCCUCUUCUGGAACCUCUACAAAGCCCCGAUCCUACUCGCUCUGAUGGCUGGCGAGGCCGCUGGCAUCAUGGAGAACAUCAGUGAUGACGUGAUUGUCGGACGCUGCCUGGCCAUUCUCAAAGGAAUAUUUGGAAGCAGCGCUGUACCGCAGCCAAAGGAAACUGUGGUCACUCGUUGGCGUGCAGACCCCUGGGCGCGGGGCUCCUACUCGUACGUCGCAGCAGGUUCUUCGGGUAACGACUAUGACCUUAUGGCACAACCCAUCACACCUGGCCCUGCUAUACCGGGAGCCUCACAGCCGGUCCCUCGUCUCUUCUUCUCUGGGGAGCACACUAUCAGAAAUUACCCCGCUACAGUCCAUGGCGCCCUGCUCAGUGGGCUCCGCGAGGCCGGACGCAUUGCAGAUCAGUUCCUGGGUGCCAUGUACACGCUUCCCCGGCAGGCCACUCCCACAGCCGCCAGCAACCCUCAGCAGGCUCAGCCCACCCCCAGUGUCUGAAAUUGCUUCUCCCAAUUCCUGCCAACUCCAGACUGUCAGACUAACUACAGCAUUUUUGAGAAAAAUACAAAAGUUUACACACAAACUGUUCAUUUCUGUAUGUGAAAGAUCUUGGAAUUCGCAGACACAACUUUGCAUCUUUGCCUUUACUCAAGUAAUGACACUUGGAUUUAUUUUCUGGCUUUAGGUAUGAUGUGAAAUUGAGAUUCCUUAACUGGAGCAUUUCAGUUCCUCAGACUUUUAUUUUGAGAUGUUCGUGACUACUCAUUUCCAGCAAAUUAUGGAGACAGAUGUAACAUACUACAAAGACUUGGCAAUGCUAAAGAAUGAAGAAUAAAUCCCAAUUUUGUUACAUACUAAUGUAUUAACAUCUAAGACUUUAUAAAUAUGUGAUUUCCCAGUCUUAAAAACAGAAGCAUGGCAUUACGUUUGGUACUCUGAGUGAUUUUGAUUCCAUAUGGAGCAUGUUUCCAAAACCCAACAUCUAUUUAUGUGUUGUCUAAAUACUAAAUGUGCACACAACCUAAAACCAGAUAUCAUAUAAGACAGAUGACCAACUCAGUGGCACAGUGUCAGUCUACUAAAACUGUUUCUUUUAUCUCUGCAAAAGACAUCUCCCUCUGGUGUCGUCAUAGAGACCUUGUCUUGGUUGUCUUAAAAACAUUGCUAUGUACUGUAGCUGUAUGCCUCCUAAAUUUACUUUCUAUUAUUUAGGUUGCAGAGUGUAGUGAAAAUAGUUUGUAUUAAAAGCUAAAAAGACAUAUGUUGAAAGAAUUGUGAAUGUUUUUGUUUCCAUAGCAGUUUAAGUAUUUUAUUAUGGUUGUCAUCACAUACUUUUUUAUGUCAAUUGUUUUGUUAUUAAAAGAAGAAAGAAAGUGCA